CCCGGGUAAAAGCGAAUUACUGCAUUUGUGUUUUAUAUAUAUAUAUUUUUUUUUCCUACUUGCAAAAUGUGGAAAGAAUCUUUUUGUUGUUAAUCUGUAUAGUGAUGCGGUGCAUCCUGACUGUCAUUUUGUUUUCAAUGCUUUUUAUGCACCAUCACUGACACUAAGCGGGUCUUUGGGUUGGUUUUGGCCCCAGUGUGAGCUUGUGAUCUUUUAGCUCCUCCAAAUGAAUUCCAAUUCCAGAUUGUAGCCGAUCUGAGGAUCUUGUUAGAUUAUUCCUCGUGUUUUGAGGAUAAAAUUUUGGCUGUACACAGUCAACCACUGCGUUGUAUUCUUCUUGAAAGCACCAUGAAUUUUGUCCGGCUCGUGUGCCGCCAUAAGACUGCCCUGGUGCUCGGUGCCCUCUGCUUCUUUGCCACUGUCCUACUCUUCCUUGCCAAAUGCACCUCAGAGACAUUGAAACCUCCUGACUCGCCCGGCUCCGCGCCACGUGCCCAACCUCGACCAGAGCGUCAAGCUGCACCUUCCGACUCCAAGGAGAUCUCGGCUUUCCUGGUGGUCCUCAUCACGACAGGUCCAAAGUACACGGAGCGACGCAGCAUCAUCCGCAGCACCUGGCUCUCCAAAAGCGACCCCGAUGUGCUUGCUUUGUUUGCGAUUGGCACCGAGGGCCUGGCACCCGAGGACAUGCGGAAUCUCGAGACGGAGCAGACGCGUCACGGAGACCUCUUGCUCCUACCCGAGCUCAGGGACUCCUAUGAGAAUCUGACGCUGAAGCUGAUACACGCCUACUCGUGGCUCGAUCAGAAGCUGGACUUCAAGUUCGUCCUGAAGGCGGACGACGAUACGUUCGCCCGCUCGGAUCUGCUCAAGGAGGAGCUGAAGAGUAAGGACCCCAGACGCCUUUACUGGGGCUUUUUCUCAGGCCGAGGACGCGUGAAAACGGCCGGGAAGUGGAAAGAGAGCGCCUGGGAGUUAUGUGACUAUUACAUACCGUACGCUUUAGGCGGUGGCUACGUGCUCUCCUCUGAUCUAGUGCACUACGUUCACUUGAACUCCGCUUACCUGAAAACGUGGCAGAGCGAGGACGUCUCUCUGGGCGCCUGGCUCGCGCCCGUCGACGUAAAGCGGCUGCAUGACCCGCGCUUCGAUACCGAGUACAAGUCGAGGGGGUGCAGUAAUAAGUAUUUGGUCACACACAAGCAGAGUCUGGAGGACAUGCUCGAGAAGCACCAAACGCUGCAGAGGGACGGACGUCUGUGCAAAGAGGAGGUGAAGCUGCGCCUGUCUUAUAUUUACGACUGGAGCGUCCCGCCGUCGCAGUGCUGCCAGCGUAAAGAUGGUAUCCCCUGACUUCCCUGAUGAUGCUGCUCAUAUCCAGUGUUAUUUAUUUAUUCGUGGUCCAUUCUCGACCAGCCAGCAGCUUACGUGGACUUACAUCAGUCCCCUUCUGUACCUGUGAGGGUUUCUCUUAUUAAAUCCAACAUGGAUUUGUUCAACAUGAAAAAGACAAGACAACCAUUGUGGAUCACGGUUACAAUUUAAACUACGUUUAUUUAAUAUUAAUGAUUAUUUAUUUGGAUUGUGCCAAUGCCAUGUGCAAGACGUUCAUGCAAAACUGAACUGGAACAAAGGAGCUGUCAGAAUGCCCAGAAAAACAGAAAUGGAUUUGUCUAUUUGCUUAUUUUAGCUGCUGUAUACCUUCUUUCCCUUCCUCCAACUCUUCAUCGUUUAAAUUUUUUUUCUCUGACACUAACAAACAGACCCAUUGCUCAAUUCAAUAACGUUAUAUCUAAUUCAACAAGCUCUGUUUAUGAAAAACUGUAGCAGGCAAUGUUGUGUACAUGAGAUGUUUUCUUUCUGCCUGUCUGAGAUUUUUUUUAUGUCAGUGUGCUGUAUUAAUAACACUCUCAAUUGUUACUGAGCCACAGAUUAUACCUCCAUCGUGAUACCAAGCGUUUUUUGUUACGCAGUGCAUCUGAUCAUGUAAUUUGUUUUAUAAUAAAAUUCUAAUGAAAUUCCAACUCA